CUGGAACCAACCAACCUACCACUGAACUUGGACAAUUCUAAUUCUCUUUCUUAUAAUAUAAAUACAACAAAUCAUAGUUAGUGUCAAUUGGUGUGAAAGAUUGUACCUUUCUUUAAUUUCUCAACUGGGUUUUUCUGAUUGAACACAGUAAGUAACUUAAAGUCAUCAUGACAAUCACUGCCUUACCAACCAUCAAGGCUGGCUGCCUCAUGGUAAGAGACAAGCUGGUCUUGACCGGAGUUCCUCAAAACGUUGUCGUUUCACAACCUCUCAGCAAUGGCUCAGCUUUCAUUGGUGCCACUUCUGCAUACCCCAGUUCUCGUCUUGUUUUCAGCCUUGGGAUUCUUGAAGGAUUUAAGAUGUUAUCUCUGUUUAGAUUCAAAAUAUGGUGGAUGAUACCACGUGUGGGAAAAUCAGCUAGUGAAAUUGCCAUGGAAACUCAAAUGCUUCUAUUGGAAGCAAAAGAAGAGCUAGAUUUGGAAGAAGAGAUAUUAUCUUCUGAGCCAAUAAAAUCUAUUGAAAAUAAUACCUUUUACAUUCUCUUCUUACCUGUUCUUGAUGCCAUGUUCCGCUCAAGUUUGGAAGGAAAUCCCAAAAAUGAGUUGCGAUUAUGUGUUGAAAGUGGGGAUGACAAGGUCCAAACUUCACAAGCAAUGGAAUCACUAUUUGUAAAUUCAGGGGAUAACCCUUAUGAGCUUAUGAAAGAUUCUAUCAAGAUACUGGCUAAGCAUAAAGGAACUUUCAGUCAUAUUGAGAUGAAGAAAAUUCCUUCACAUUUAGAUUGGUUUGGAUGGUGCACUUGGGAUGCCUUUUACACUAAAGUCGAUCCACAAGGAAUUGAAGAGGGACUUAAAAGCUUUAAGGAAGGAGGCUGUUUACCGAAAUUUCUAAUCAUCGACGAUGGAUGGCAAGAAACUGUAAACGAAUUCCAGAAAGAAGGCGAGCCAUUUGUUGAAGGGACACAGUUUGCAACCAGAUUGGUAAACAUCAAAGAAAAUAGUAAGUUCAGAAGUUCAUCAUCAAAAGAAACUUCCACUGAUCUGCAUGAGUUCAUCAAUCUCAUCAAAGAGAAAUAUGGACUAAAGUUUGUUUACAUGUGGCAUGCCUUAGCUGGUUAUUGGGGAGGAGUCCUCCCUUCAUCGAAAUCAAUGGAAAAAUACAAUCCAAAGAUUGCUUACCCAAUUCAGUCACCUGGUAACACAGGAAAUCUUACAGAUAUUGCCAUGGACAGCUUGGAGAAAUAUGGAGUAGGACUAGUAGACCCUGAAAAGAUUCUCAGCUUCUAUAAUGAUCUACACAGCUAUCUUGCAAGCUGUGGUGCGGAUGGAGUUAAAGUUGAUGUUCAGAAUCUGUUAGAAACCUUAGGUUCUGGUAAUGGCGGUCGGGUCAAAAUUACUAGACAGUACCAAGAAGCUCUGGAGGAAUCUGUUGCAAGAAAUUUUGGGGACAACAACCUGAUUUGCUGCAUGAGCCACAACUCAGAUUCUAUAUUCAGUUCUAAGAAGAGUGCCGUUGCUCGAGCAUCAGAGGAUUUCAUGCCAAGAGAGCCUACAUUGCAGACUCUGCACAUUGCCUCUGUUGCUUUUAAUAGCCUUCUGUUAGGAGAGAUUGUGGUACCUGAUUGGGAUAUGUUCCAUAGUAAACAUGAAAGUGCUGAAUUCCAUGGUGCAGCAAGAGCAUUGGGUGGAUGUGCAGUAUAUGUAAGUGAUAAACCGGGUGACCAAGAUUUCGAAAUCCUUAAAAAGCUGGUGUUACCCGAUGGAUCGGUGCUAAGAGCUAGAUAUGCAGGCCGACCUACUCGUGACUGUUUAUUUGAAGAUCCAGUGAUGGAUGGAAAAAGCCUGAUGAAAAUAUGGAACUUGAAUAAGCUAUCUGGGGUUGUGGGAGUGUUUAACUGCCAAGGAGCUGGUAGUUGGCCACUGAAACAAAAGGCAGAAGAUAUUCACAUCUCAACCUCUACAAAAACAUCCAUUUCUGGGCAUGUGAAACCUGCUGAUGUCGAGUUUCUUGAAGAUAUUGCUGGUGAAAGCUGGGAUGGAGAUUGUGCAAUAUAUGCCUUCAAUUCAGGAUCUCUUUCUAUAUUGCCAAAGAAGAGAAGUCUUGAAGUUUCACUUGUCACCCUUCAAUGGGAAAUCUAUACAAUUUCUCCAAUUGGGGUCUUCGGUAAUGGUCUGCGGUUUGCUUCGGUAGGUUUGCUUGACAUGUACAACUCAGGAGGGGCUGUAGAAUCAGUGAGUUGCAGGGUGGAAGUCUCAGGCUACACAAUGAUAAUUAAAGGGAGAGGGACCGGCCGAUUUGGAGCCUAUUCGAGCUCAAAACCAAAGCGUUGCAUGGUGGAACAAAAAGAAGAAGAAUUCAGCUACAGUGUUGAAGAUGGAUUAUUGAUAGUAAAGCUUCAAGGUGAAUGUGGUAUAAGAGAUAUUGAAUUUCUAUAUUGAAGUAUUGAACUGUUAUAGUAUGCUUUAAAACUAUUUGAUUCUUUUGGUGGGGUUUAGGCACAAAAGUUCUUAUUAUUGUAAACCAUCUAUUCUCUUUCUCAAUGAGAAUUUUUGUCCCUUUUAGUAUUCUAAAUCACAUGAGUUGGUUCUA